CCAACCCCUCACCCACCAUGGCCUCUCGUGAAGGGAUCAAUCCCUUGCGGCCUUAUUAUAUCCCCCAAUCGGGCCUAUCGCCCACCAACACCACGCAGGAGCCCUCGCCGUCCUCGUCCCAUGUGUUUGGCAGCACCGCGCGGGACUUCAUCCCGGAUCUCGACUAUGGAGACUAUCUCGACGCCUCGCCGUCCGUGUCGGACUGGGUCCGGGAUGCCGUGAACCGAGCUCUCGUGCGCUACUGCCAGGUUCUUACUGCACAGCCCUUCGAUGUCGCCAAAACGAUCCUGCAGGUGUACGUGGUGCCGGAUGCCACAGACGAACAGGACCGGAGACCGACUCCGGGUGCUGGGGGUAGCUCCUACGAGUCGGAUCCAGAGUCGUCGGACGACGAAAGCACCUAUUUCACUUCAGCUGCCCCGUCAACCCCCACCCCGACUACGCCGCGAUCUCGAAGGGGCCGACACCAUAUCACAGACCGCAGUGGCUACAUUCGUGCGGACGAUGCAUCUUCGUCUAAAAAUGCACUCGCCAUCAAGAACCCGAGCUCAUUGAUGGAUGUGCUCUCCCAACUAUGGACAACCAGCGGACCAAGCUCCCCUUGGAAAGCCUCCAACGCCACCUUCAUCUACUCGCUGCUUCUCCCGACUUUAAACACAUUCAUUCGCAGCCUGCUCUCAGCCAUCGUGGGCCUCCCAGAGGAAGACAUUUCUUCGUCCAUGGCAGCCGACAUCCUGACCGCAUCUUCGCCCCUGGUCACCCUCCUUCUAUCAUUCAUCUCGUCGUCCGUGUCCGCCCUUGUGCUAUCCCCCAUCGAUACCGCACGCACAUUCUUAAUGCUCACGCCCGCCACACACGGCCCGCGCUCUCUCGUCCGCGCCAUUCGCGAGCUCCCCACUCCCAACUGCACAAUUCCCCCGCACCUCGUCCCGAUCACCAUUCUCCACUCCAGUCUUCCAAACUUCAUCAUGACAGCGACCCCACUCUUCCUCAAAUCCUACUUGUCAAUCGACCCCCUCCUCAACCCGUCCAUGUGGAACCUCUUCACCUUCCUCAGCUCCGGCCUCGAACUGGCUGUGCGCUUCCCUCUCGAGACCGUCCUCCGCCGCGCCCAAAUCGCUACAUACACCUCUCUCAGUUUGCGUCAGAAGUCCUCGGGCGGAAGCAUCCGCGCUGCGUCUAUCGACGCAUCCGAUGUUGAGACCAUUGUCCCUACCCCUCGCACAUACCGCGGUAUCAUUGGCACCAUGUGGCACAUCGUCCACGAGGAGGGCCUUAGCCCGAACCCCUCCGACUCCGAGCGCGCCAGCGAACUCGUUGGCAAACCCACUUCCCAGCACCAGAUGCAGAAGCGGCAGCAAGGCCAGGGUAUCCAGGGCUUGUACCGCGGCUGGCGCGUCGGUAUGUGGGGUAUCGCUGGUAUCUGGGGCGCCAGCCUGCUCGGCGGCAUUGCUGGUGCCGGUGAAGAAGAAGUGACCUUGCGGGGUGGCCAUGGACGCUCCAGCGGUGGACAGUUUUAG